AUGUAUCUUCCUGAUCUUGUAAUUGCUGACCGAUUCCAGGAGGUUUUGUUGGAAAAAAUAAGAUCGCUUUUAAUUUCAAGGGAUGCUCCGCCUGUUUUUAAAGGAGAAAUUCUUGAAAUCUCGCAUCAUUUGAAGACUUAUCAAGUGGAAGUGCUUUCUAUCCUCCCUAACUGCAUGGCUUUAACAGCAUCGCACUGCAACUACUCAAAAGACUUGCAGAAAGAACUGGUUAUGCUGCUUGAAUUUAUUAAUACCAACGGCUUGUUCUUUUAUUCAUUUCCAAAAUCCGUGGUCAUUUUUGAGCAAGAGCCUAAUUUGCAAAAUUUACCGUACGCAAAAGGCGAUGCUUGCAUUGCUUCUGGAGUAUCCAGGGAUUCGUUUGCUGCUUUUCUCAACUCUAUCAAACUGGCUCUAUUUGCAGAUAAUCCAAUAGGGCUGAAAACCAAGGUUUUUUGCAUCGAGGGCCAUCCUGGAUCUGGUAAACGUUUACUGUUGCGAAACCUUGUGAAGGAACUUCCAAUUCCUUUUGUUGUGUCCGUUAAUUGCACAAGCUGGACCGCUUUGGAAGAGCUCGACGAUGUGAACAAAUCUUUGGAGUCCGUUCUGAAGCAAGUGAUAGCAAACACACCAUCAAUUGUUAAGAUGAUUCCAGGCGCUAUUCUUUUGUUUAUUGGCGGAUUCUCUGAUUUCGAUAUCCUUACCAGAGACGGUACAGUGGUCGAUACUCUUUCAUGCUGCCAAUUGGCAACAUAUUCUCAAAGGCUGUCGAUUUGUGAAAAUCUACUCGCUCCCCGAAAAAAAGAAAUCGUUUGCAAAUACCUUGCCGACCUGUGUAAAGUGAUUGAGCUUGCAUUUGGCUCUUAUUGUGGCCAGGGACUUUCAAAUGGAACUUUGGCCGAAGAGUUCUCAUCGCUAUCUAUUGAUGCCUGUUGCGAUCUUUCUAAAAUCGAUGAAGCUCUUCGACAUAUUCCUCCUUCUUUAAGUCAUGAGGUUUGA